GUUCCUGCAGGGGUUGCGUUUCCGGCGUGUGUGUGUCGUGCAUCUAGGGCUGCGCGGCGGCCGGCGAAGGGAGCCGCUUCAGUCGCCAUGAGUUUCCUGAAGCGCCUCCCGGAGCCGAGCGAAGGGGUCCGGCUUCGGCAGCCAGAGACGGAGGCCGUGCUGGGAGGGAGAGCCCUGGGCACCGGGACCCUCUACGUGGCCGAGAGCCGUCUGUCGUGGAUAGAGACAUCAGGCCUUGGAUUCUCGUUGGACUACCCCAUCAUAAGCUUGCAUGCCAUCUCCAGGGAUCUGAAUGCUUACCCAUGGGAGCACUUGUAUGUCAUGGUAAAUGCCAAGUUUGAAGCUGACGAAUCCAAGGACACCCCCAUGGGAGAAAAAGAGGAAGACGACGAGGAUGAGGAAGACAGCGACAAUGAGUUUGAGCCCAUUUCCGAGUUUAGAUUCGUACCUAGUGACAAAUCAGCAUUGGAGGCCAUGUUCUCUGCCAUGUGUGAAUGUCAAGCCCUGCAUCCUGACCCAGAAGAUGAAGACUCUGACAAUGAUUAUGAUGGCGAGGAAUAUGAUGUGGAAGCCCAUGAAAUAGGCCAGGGUGACAUCCCCUCGUUCUAUACAUAUGAAGAAGGCUUAUCACAUUUAACUGCUGAGGGUCAGGCUACCUUGGAGAGACUGGAAGGCAUGCUGGCACAGUCGAUAAGCACACAAUACCACAUGGCUGGGGUACGGACAGAAGACUCAGUGAGAGACCCUGAUGGUAAGUGUUCAUUUUGCCACAGUUGCAUGUUCAGCCUGAAGUGCAGCACAUUUCUCUCCCUAAAUCAUGGUUUCAAUAUAAAAUAA